AUGGCGUUCGCUACAAGAGGUCCUCAGGCUCAGGCCGUGAUAGGUGCUCUUAUCUUGCUGUUUCUGAUAUGGCUCUUCGCGCCAUUCAACCCCUCAGCCUACAACCAGAGCCCUCCAGCGAGCCCAGGAGUCGUCAAGCCGGGCAAGGACACAUCCGAUCUCCCUCCCGUCCUCUCGAAUUCCUCAUCGAGCGAGGAAGACGGCCAAGGCUCGCUUAUAGACAAGGAUGAGUUCCGGCCGCUGAUCCUGUACGCCUACGCAGAGUCCGACGCGGCGCGGGAGAACAUCAAGUUCUUUAUCCACCAGGGCCUCCACGGCGCCGCCGACUUUGUCUUCAUCCUGAACGGCAUUGAAGACGCGGACUACCUCGAGAUACCUCAGAAGCCCAAUGUUCGCGUCGUCAAGCGGGACAACACCUGCUUCGACCUCGGCGCUUACGGCGAGGUCCUGCGGCAGGAUGGCUUGUGGGCCAAGUAUAAACGCUUCAUCAUGCUGAAUGCCAGCAUCCGUGGACCCUUCCUGCCUUACUGGAGCAAGGGGUGUUGGUCGGAUUUGUAUCUCGCAAAGCUGACCGGGAAAGUCAAGCUGGUGGGCAUGACAGCCAACUGCUGGCCACGCUUCCACGUGCAGUCGAUGAUCUGGGCGACCGACGCCGUGGGCAUCGAUCUGCUGCUCAACCCGCCGCCGGGCUCGCGCGUGGAGGACGAGUUCGGCGGCGCAGACGCCCCCGUGGGGCUGGCGGGCUGCUACGGCGACUGGAACGCGGCCGUGCACGCCGAGGUGGGCUCGACGGAGGCGGUGCGCGAGCCGGGCUACGAGGUCGACCUGAUGAUGAUGGCCUUCCACAAGUCGGGGAACUACAUUGACGAGUGCGCCAACAGCGAAGGCAACGGCGACCUGCUCUGGCAGGGCAAGUACUUUGGCACCAACGUCCACCCCUACGAGACCAUCUUCAUCAAGGCGAACCGCGAUAUCGACCCCACGCUGAUCGAGCACCUCACGGAGUGGCACGAGACUGCCGGGACAAGCAGUUGGGACGUGUGCAGGGGGGCGAGCUUGUAA